AUGCUCACGACCUCCCCGCGCCUCCACGUCCGGCGCCCCUCGCCCACGACGGCCGAGUUCACCGUAACCACCCGCCCGCCGCCGACCCUCGCCGUCAAGGUCCUCUCCCUCCUCCUCCUCAUCCUGCGCAUCCUCGUCUUCUUCUCCUCGAUCCUCCUCCUCCGCGCCGCCUGGGUCCAGUCCCCCAACGCCGCCUCCUUCCUCACGCCACUGCGAAGCUCGCGAAUCCGAGACGAGUACGCGGAAGACGGCUUCUUCUCGGGCGAAGCGCUUACGCAAUUUCUCCGGCUCGUCGACGAGUCCGUCCCCGGCCGUCUAGCCCAGCGUCUCGUCUCCGCCAACACCGUGCCCCUCCCCGUCCUGGUCGCAGGCUGCGUAGUGGCGGCGUACGCGACGCUUCUCAGGACGCACAAGACCGAGAGCCUGCUUGUCUUGCGCGGGCUGGGCAUCCAGACGAGCUCGUCUAGCGGGAGCUACCUCUACGCCGCGGCGACGCGCUUCAUACCGACGGAGAAGAUUCAGGACGUCCUUGUGAAUGAGGCGUUCAAGGGCUUCGAGGUGCGAUACUACCUGAUUGUCAUCGUCGAGGGGGAGGAGGACCUGGUUGUUGUGUUUCCCCAGAUCCUGCCUCGAAAGAAGAUUGUCGAGACGGUGUGGAGGGGUGUUAGGGGCUGUCUGUGGGAAGCAGAGGGCGGCGGUAGUUAUGGCGGGGGCAAUCGCAAGAUAGACGAGAGAUGGCAGAGCUGA